CUAGUUGCUUGUUGAUGUGCACAAAAAAAAACAAUAAUUAUAAAUAAACCUAGAAUUCCAUAGAAAAAUGACCGUUGUGCUGGUUCUAGCUAUAUUUGCUUGUAAUUAACUAAAUACUGACAAAAGUGUUAAUCCAAACAUUAUAAAAUGAGUAAAUUUGCAAAUUUUAAUGGCAAUGAUGAGGAAGAAAAUGAGACUGAGCAGAAAUAUGCGCACAUUUUAGAUCUGGGAAAUCACUCGAAUCCCCCGGUAUUGGACAACAGUUCUGGAAAAGCCAGUCGCUGCAAGUGGACAGACGAAGAGGUCGAAUUAUUUUUAGGAAUUAUCCAUCAACUGAAACUUCAAUCUCCUCUGCGAAGAGCACGCAAUGAAAAGGUGUUCAAGGUGAUAUCUAAGGAAAUGGGCAGACGCAACUGUCCCAAGACUCCGAAGCAGUUAAGGAUCAAGUACCACCAGAUGAGAAGACAGUAUGUAAGGACCAGGAGGAAUGGCAGCGAGCCGAUGGAGUACUUCGAGGCAUUCCACGAAUUGAUGCAGGGAAACGAAGGCUCUGAUCUGGAGGCGGAACUAGAGACUGCCUCCGAUGGAGAGGCCGACGAGGACCAGUCCGUCCAGAUCUCGGAAACCGAAGGAGAUGAUGCCUUAGACGCCUCAUGUUCGUCGAUUAACAUAAUUGCACGUUGCAAGUGGGCCGAAGGCGAGGUGGACAUCCUCCUAGACCUGAUCCACUCCCUUGGACUGCGGACAGCUUUGCUACGAAAGCGCAAUGCGAAGGUCUUUAAGCUGCUGGCCAAGGAGAUGGCGAAACGAAAUUGCAAUAAGGGUGCGGACAAGCUGCGCAUAAAGUUCCAGCUGCUACGACGGAUGUACAACAAGGUUAAAAAUGGCACAGGGGAAACUUUUGAGCACUUUGAGGCCAUGCGACAGGUCUUGGAUCCCACCGAAGAGGAGGUGGCGGCCGCAGAGGCUGAAGCGGAUGCCAAUCUGAGCAGCGGCAGCGAAAGUGAGGAGGACAGUGAUGAGGAAGAGGGUGAUGCCUCACACAAAGGUGGAGCUCACUUUUGGACAGACGACGAGGUGGAUUCCUUUCUACUCAUUAUUAGGGACAAUGGUUUCUUUCGCGCCUUGGAUGGUUCGAGGAAACGCAACUUUCAGACCCUUGCCCAUAUUUCCAACAUUCUAGCUAAACAAGGAAUUAAACGCACUCCCCACCAGCUUCGAAAUAAGCUGAGAUUGCUCUUCAAGCGGCAUCGAGAGGCCAAGGAGCAUGGAUUGGAUAACGUGCGAAUAUUGCCACGCCACUUCGAGCUAUUUGAUGAACUAAUUCUGGCGCCGAGGGAAAACAAAAAGAGUGUCAUACAAAGGCCUAUCCGCCACAUAAAAUCUUCCUUUUCUAAGCCACCAAGGAAACCAAACGUUCCGGUGGAUAGUGAAAGCGAAAACUCCAGCUCCACCUGUGAUCUUCUAAGAGCUGCCGCUGAUAGCGAGGACUACGAGGAUGCAAUUGAGAUGGAGUCGGAACCAACGCCGAUUGAAGCACUUACUGCCAUAAUCGAAGGCCAAAAACAAUUACUGGCUGAAGUCAAAGCCACCAACGAAAGCUUCCUGCGGCAGCAACGUGAGCAGCAGCAACAAUUCCUGGUACAAGUAUCCGAUCUAAUGCGCCAGGAUCGAGAGGAGACCCUACGCAGGAUCAGGGAAAUGCUUCCACCAAAUUAG